AUGGCCUUUGGUUACUUCACGCCACCCCCGUACGAGGACGCCGAGUACACUGUUCUCCCAGGCACUGUUGUCAACAACACCCAUUACUCGGUCACGGCUCUUUGCAAAGGUUGCACUUACUUUGCGCCCUUCGGCAAUGAUCCAACUGCUCUGGACCCCAACGGAGAAAACUACCUAGCUUUUGCGUACUCGGGUGUCCCAGUCGACGACCCUUCAUCCAAUGAGACCACUUUUGGCAUUCACGAGCGAACGGGACACUGGUAUCAUGACUUCAAGCCGGCGCAAGCUGCUGACUUUGACGAGUGGGCAAGUGGCAGCAGCGGGAGUGAGCCGCCUGUUGGCACUACGACUGUGACCACUCUAGCGACAGCAACUUCAACUACCACGGUCCACAGUACUACCACCCUCCAGACUACAGUCACCAGAACCGGAGUCCCUCCCAGUAGUGCAGCAUCAACUGUCUCAUCUUCACGUGCCACGGUAACAUCCUCUAUCGUGUCCAGAGAGCCCGCGCUCCCUGUUCCCAAUUCUUGUACCGGUGUGAGCGCCUUCAGGUUCGGGUUCCAGACCGCCAGCGGAUGGAGAGCUGUCAAGCUCGCCGGUUCUCUUUCUGGUCCUCGUGGCGUUGCGGUGGAUUCACAGGGAAACCUUCUCGUGGUUCAGUCUGGAAGAGGCGUCACAGUCCAUACUUUCGGUAGUGACGGCUGCAUCUCGUCAUCCAAAACCUUGAUCAACAACCCGUCUCUCAAUCAUGGAAUCGGCUUCACGCCAGACGGGAAGACUCUCUAUGUCAGCUCCAUGACUACGGCCUGGUCGUUCACGUAUGAUGCCCAAUCGCAGACUGUAGAUGGGCAGACCGUGGUAGUGAAGGGCAUGCAGCAGGGCGGACACCCGACGAGGGCGCUUCUUAUCCCCCCGGCCACGCCACACUUGCUUGUAAUUCAGCACGGCUCAUACAGCAAUUUUGACUAUGAAUCACUCAACAAAGGAGUUGCGCGGGCCGUUGUCAAGGUGUUUGACUUGCGCAGCGUGCCCUCCGGAGGCUACACAUACAACACUCAAGGGUGGUUCCUGGGCUGGGGUCUCCGCAACGAGGUGGCCCUCGCCGCUGACGGAAACAACAUGAUCUGGGGUGUGGAAAACAGCGGAGACGACUUCGCCCGCACAGUGAAUGGCAGGAGCUACGACAUUCACAAUGACAAUCCUGCGGAGGAGCUGAACUUCCGUAAGUUUAUUCACUAA